AUGGAGACAAAUUCACCCCUCUCCAUAGCAAAACUCAUGCUCCCAAAGAUGCCCAUGAUAGGCAAAACCCUUGUUUCCCACACUCUAGGCAUAUCCCCCCAUUCCACCCACUGGGAUCUCAAAACCGAACUUACAGUCAAUAUUCUCCGCUCCUUCCUGUACGCCGCCCCAUCUCCCAUUUCCAAAAUCCAAGCUGUGACUCUACAGGAUUCUGGCAUCAAAGGCCGGAUGUGGAUCUCUAAAGUCACGCUGGCAAUCCCCUCUGAAGAUGAUGUUCGUCAGAGGCUAUUCAAAGUUAUAGAGGAGAUGAAAGUCCCACUAGACCCCGGAAAACCGUCACAAGAAGGAGGAUUCCAAAAACCAGAUUUACUCCCCGUAGAAGGCGAAUGGACCGGUCAUCGCGGCUAUGCGCCUAAAAAUGCGCCGAGACUUCGGAUCUCAGAAGCUGAACAAUACAUCGAGAUGAUGAAAGAAGUUACUUCUCCCGUGACAAUCCUCUAUAUACACGGAGGAGCACACUGGCUUCUUGAUCCCGCCAGCUAUCGCGGCCCAUGCAAGAAACUCGCCAAACUCACAGGCGGCCGAGUCCUCUCUCUUCGAUAUAGACUUGCGCCUCAGAAUCCCUUUCCGGCUGCGUUGCUAGACUGUCUAGUCGCCUAUCUGCACCUCCUCUAUCCACCCGAAAACUCAUUGCACACCGCUGUUCUCGCAGAAAAUAUCAUCCUAUCUGGCGACAGCGCAGGCGGAAACCUCUCAUUAUCGCUUCUCCUCCUGCUUCUCCACCUACACAAAACAUCCACCCCCAUACUCUGGAACUGUGUAUCGCGGCUCCUCCCAUUACCAGCCGGUCUAGCGCUUAAUUCCCCCUGGACAGAUCUUCUCCGCUCCUCGCCCUCUAUGGAAACAAAUAGUAAAUACGACUACAUACCCCCGCCAUCUCUCUUUUCCCCCUCCCAUUCCAUCCCCUAUCCGCCUUGCAAACUCUGGCCUACCCCAUCUCCACGAUCGAACAUCUACUGCGAAGAUGCGAUGCUCAUCCAUCCUCUUGUGUCACCGCUAGCAGCGCAGUCAAGUGCAUGGGAAGGGAGUCCACCGAUAUUAUUCAUGGUGGGCACCGAGUUGUUGAGCGAUGAGAAUAAGAUAUUAGCGCGGAGAUUGGUGCGGAGCGGGGUGAGCGUGCGAUGGGAGCAGUAUGAGUGGAUGCCGCAUUGUUUUGCGUUGGCGCUGCCGCAUUUGAAGGGGGCGAGGAGGUGUUUUGAGGGGUGGGCGGGGUUUUGUAAAGAGGUUGGGGGGAGAAGGAGGGUUGAUGGGGAGGAGGAGGAGGAUAGGGAGAGGGAGAGGGAGAGGGAGAUGGAGUGGAGAAGGGUAGAGACGAGGGGGGUGAUGAUUAGUAAUGCUAAGGGGAUUAAAGAGACAAGGGUUGAUGUGGAAGGGUUGUGGGAUGAGAGUGAUGAGAUUGUGACUGAGAGGAUGAAUAACCAAGCCAGGCUUUUGGAAGAGGAGGGGAAGAUGAAGACGGAGAAUGGGAGCGUAAAUGGGGCUGGAACUAAUAGGGCACGACUUUGA